GAUUGAUAAGAUAAUAUAUCUUCCCAUAAACACCUUCAGUGACUUCACCCAUGCACGAAAAGGCGUAAAAUGGUCGAUUCGCAGAGCAGUUACGAAAUCGGGGUGUUCAAAGAUGCCCUUAUGGACGAUAACAUAUCGGUUCAAGUGGACGCUAUCAAGCGACUGCCAUCGCUAGCGGCGGCCAUGGACGCGGAACGUACGCGCGAAGAACUGAUACCUUGUUUAGUCAACUGCGUCGAUGCCAUGCCGGAAGAGUCGUGUUUCAAUUUGGCGGAACAAUUGGAACGCUUGGUUCCGUUCGUGGGGGGAAACGAUCACGUGGGGAUCCUUUUGGACAUCCUGGUGAAGCUGGCUUGUGAAGAUGAGGUCAUCGUGAGGGACAAAGCCGUCGAAUCGAUGAAGAAGAUUUGCGAGGUACUGGAUAACGAGCAGUGCGAGAAUUCUUUCUAUUCGGCGAUUGAGAGGAUGAUCAAGAGCGACUGGUUCACCACCAAGUGCUCAGCAGGGUGUCUGAUAGCUAUUUGCUACGCGAAGAUGUCACUUGAAAAGCAAACCGAGCUGAGGAAUUAUUUCCGGAAUUUGAUACAAGACGAAGCACCUAUGGUACGACGAUCGACUGCUACAAGCUUGGUCGAGUUCAUACCACUAAUAAACGUAGAAGAAAUCAUAUCCGAGUUCGUACCAAUUUUUGAUAAUCUAGCACAAGACGAACAAGAUUCCGUCCGAACUCUAGCAGUCGAUGUCGGCGUUGCCAUUUCCAAAAGACUUAAAGACUUCGAAGUCUACGAGUACUUACUGCGAACCUUCAAAACGUUGAGUGAGGAUAGUUCAUGGAGAGUGCGUCAAAGAGUAGCUUGGAAAAUCCACGAAAUCCAAACAACAGAGAAAAAUCGUGACGAAAUCAUCAACAUCUACUCCAAAUGUGUAAGAGAUGACGAAUCCGAAGUUCGAGUUUUCGCAGCAAAGAAUGUGUACAACUUGGCGAUUAACCUAAUGGAUAGUUACAAGAACGAGCAAAACGAAUUCCAAGACAUCUUCGAGAAAAAUUUCGAGGAGAAUAUUAUUCCGGAAGUACAUUUGUUGCUUAGAGAUCCCAGCGACGACGUUCGAGUUGCGUUGUCGACAAAUAUACUUUCGUUGAGUGCGAUUUUAAGAAACGAAUGCUUCAAUGCCAACAUUCUGCCGUUGGUUAUUGACGCACUGGAGAACGAGGAGUUCAUGCCCUUCAAAGAAAACAUGUUGAAGAAUUUAAGUUCACUUCCCACAGACGUAGAUAUAACGAAAUCCUUGAAGUCAAUCAAAAGCGUCAUUCAAAAUUUGAUAGAGAAUUCACAAAUGCACUGGAGAACCCGGAGAAACCUCCUUUUGGCUUUCAUGCACAUCACCAGAAACACCACCAGCGAAUUUUUCGACCAGAAUUUAAAAUUCUUCUACAGGUUGCUACUAAACGACAAUAUUUACGCAAUCAGAAGGACCGCACCUGUUAUUCUGCCACUGUUGGUCAAACAGUUUGGAACCGAUUGGGCCAUAAACUCCCUGGUUCCGAUUUUUGUACCCUUUUCAACAGACCAGAGAUACAUGUUCCGAUACAUUACUUUGUUUGCUAUAGAAGAAUUGAUUUCACCCACUUUAGACUGUCAAAGAGAUAUCGACGAAAAACAAGGAAAGUACUUGGUGGAUUUCACUGAAUUAAAAUCAAAACAAGCCGUCGAAACUUUGGUCAAAAUUGUGAAACUCAACCAAAAAUUGACAGAAGAACUUUCCGAUGAGGAGGAAAUAGACGAGGAUAUAAGUAUAACUGACAAUUUAAACUUUUACGCAGAAGACACUCUAGAUAAUUUAAGAAAAGAGCAACAGACGACGAUAUUUUCUGUUAGUCCUGAAAACUUGGAAGACUGCUACUUAGAAGGUGUUCUUGUGAUGCUCGUGAAAGAUUUUCUUAAAGUAAUCAAAGAUUUGAUGGAUGACCCUAUCAAAAACGUUCAAGAAAGGGCUAGGGUAACUCUAAGCGCUGUCAGAAACUUCUGCUUUGACGUUAAAACAGAGUCGGAUCAAAUCUGGGUGCAGGAAAGCAUGAAAUUAAUGAGUGAUGAUGAUUUGAAAAGAAUAGAAGACGAACUGGAGGAGAAAUUGAAAGACGAAAAACCAGAAGAAGAAUACGAAAUGAUCGACUGUGAUAUGGAUGCUGUUGAAGACGCAGAAGAUACAGAACCACCCGACAACAACAACACAACAGAAAAUAGUGAUGACAACAUUGAUUAAAAAAUAAAAUAGCUUUGUUUAACUGUU